CCUCCGGGGCGCUCUGGGGAGAGAGGCCCUCGGCGCCUGGGGACUCACGGAGCUCUGCGACCUCGGCGGCCAGGGGAUGAAAGCAGGAGAGAGGAGUGGGGCAGUGCCACCAUGGCAAUCUUCCUUCAUGGUGUGAAGCCCUCUAUCAGUGGGGGCCGUCCUGAGCCAGGAUAGAGCCCAGGGCUGGGCCCAGCCCCAACUGCUAUCUCCAGGAAGCAGGGAAGAGACUGCUCCCAGGCCCAAGGGAGUCAGCUGUGCGGCUGGAGCAACUCCUCAGGGACCCAGGGGCUGGAAAAGACUGUUCACCUGCUGCUCUGCGCACUGACAGCCUGGAGCCCGCCGCCUGCCGGGGUUGCAUCAUCUGCAGCUCCAUAAGGUUUUUCUCUAUCAACCUUGAAAUCAGCCUGGAGCCUGCUGGACCUGCCCCCCCAGGGAGCUGGAGCCAGAGGCAGAGCCAGGCUACACAGAAGCUGGGGUGCCCACACAGGCAGGAAGGCCACCAGGCCAGAAGGACACCUCGCAGCUGAAGGAGGGGACCUUGUUGACUGCUGGAGGGAGGGCGUCCUAUCCUGUGAUACCAUGUCCGAGAGCAGCAGGGAGAUGGGACCUUCUCUGACCCCGGAGAUCCUUAGCCACCUGGGCCUUGCCAAUAAGACUGCAGCUUGGGGGACCCUGGGCACACUCAGGACCUUCUUGAGCUUCAGUGUGGACAAAGAUGUACAGAGGCUACUGAAAGCCAUUACAGGCCAAGGUGUGGAUUGUGGUGCCAUUGUGGACGUGCUAACCAAUCGGAGCAGAGAGCAAAGGCAGCUUAUUUCUAGAGCCUUCCAGGAGCGGACCCAACAGGACCUGCUGAAGUCCUUGCAGGCGGCACUCUCUGGGAACCUGGAGAAGAUGGUGGUGGCCCUGCUGCAGCCUGCAGCCCAAUUUGAUGCCCAGGAACUGAGGACAGCCUUGAAGGCCUCAGAUUCUGCAGAGGAUGUAACCAUGGAAAUUCUUGCUACCCGAACCCCACCUCAGCUGCAGGAGUGCCUGGCAGCCUACGGGCACCAUUUCCAGGUGGAGGCUGAGGACGACAUCAAGUCUAAGACCAGUGGCAUCUUGCGGGACCUGCUCCUGGCCCUGGCCAAGGGGGGCCGGGAGAGCUACUCUGGAAUUAUUGACUACAAUCUGGCAGAGCAGGAUGUCCAGGCGCUGCGGCAGGAUGGGCAGGACGAAGGGCGCAGCACCCAGGGAUCAUGGGUCCUAAUCCUCACCCAGCGCAACCCCAAACACCUCACCCGAGUGUUUGAGCAGUACCAGCGGCGCACGGGGCAGGAGCUGGAGGAGGCCGUGCGCACCCGUUUCCGUGGAGAGGCCCGGGCCGCCCUGCUCAGCCUAGCCUCGGUGAUCAGGAACACGCCGCUGUACUUUGCCGACAAACUUCACCGAGCCCUCCAGGAGUCUGAGCCCAAUUACCAAGUCCUGAUGCGCAUCCUUAUCUCUCGAAGUGAGACUGACCUUCUAAGCAUCCGAGCUGAGUUCAAGAAGAAAUUUGGAAAGUCCCUCUAUUCUUCUCUCCAGGAUGCCGUCACAGGGGAUUGCCGGUCAGCCCUUCUGACCCUGUGCAGAGCUGAAGACAUUUGAGGCCUCCCUUCCCCGACCUCCAUGUGACAUUCAAGGAUCUCAGAUGCCCAUGUUUGGCUAAGCCUGCAGGAGACCAGCUGGGCCUCUAAAUAGGAUGACCCUUCAUGGUGCCCCGCACACCAAGUUUCUUGUUAAGGCUGAACUGUAUCUUUUAAAUCCCUAAUUUCUUUCAUUUCAAAAUGUUAUCUUUACCUGGGUCCUCUAGCUCUAUCCUGGAAGAAGGGUAGUGGGAUUUCUUUGAUAGUUUCUAUCCCACUCAUCUUUCUCAUACCCUGGCCAGAACAUCUCUCUGGUACUCCAAUUCUUUUUGGCAAACUUUACUGUUGUUUGUGUUCUCUGACUGAACUUCGGGUGGAGCAGGACACAGACCAGGAAGACGCCUUGGAGCUGAAGCACCUUUGAAGUGCACUUGGCUAUUCAAUGGGAAUCCUGUUUUUGCCCCAGUGUUGCAGUUAUCAACAUGUUCCACCCACCACGUCUAUCCUCACAUUCAUUAUUCUCCUUACCCCAGGAAAUUCAGGCAAAUUAAUUGAGGAACAAGCAGAAGAAUGAGGUCAGAAAUGGUUGGAGGUAGCAAAGGACCAUCUGUGAGAAGUAGGAGGAAAGCAAAGGGUUAAACUGCCCUCCCAACCCUGGGAAGUCUUGGUAACUUCUCAAAUUCCCAGCUCCAGU